GUUUUCGAGAGGAAUUCAUAAAUAUCAAGGUGAUCUUCAUUUGAAGGAGAAAAAGAAGAAAUCAUACUUCUCUUCUCUUGAAGGAGACUUUGGAGUUGUAAUUUAAAAUAAGGGGUCUUCAACUCGAUUUAUAGAGGUCCUUUUUCAAAAAGUAAGAUGCGUUCAAAAUUGCUGGGCAAAAAUGUUUUGUGGGGCCUGGGGGGUCGCCGCCGACAGAGCCGACGAUUCUCAAUAAUGUUGACAUUAUUUGGAGUCUGGAAUCUGACUCGUUAUCGUCGGUCCGAGCUCAAGCCUCUUUCUGGGGCCGCCCGGCAGGAGUCACGUGAAAGUGGCCCAGUCACUGAAGGCUACCGUCCCGUUCACGUCGGGUUGGACUUCGCACGGGACACGCAAGAACAGGAGCAAGACUCUUUCCACUUUCCACUUUCCACUUUCCAUACCGCGACGGAAAGGAUGGAAGUGCGAAUCCGCAAUCAUCGCUCACUCCGUCGUGAUUUGCAUAUAAAACGCUUGGCUUCGAAGGAUGGAAGGGCGAAUCCGCCGCAAUCGUCGCUUACUCCGUGAUUUGUAAAGAAAACGUUCGGCUCCAAACCACAACUGGGCUGCUUGUUUCGGGCUCCGAAUAAGAUUUUGAACAGACAUUCAGUUAGAAGUGACAAAAUGAGUUGAGAACUAUUAAGUUUAAGUUUGAGUUCACUAGAAUGUAACUUAUUUAUAAACGGAUCAACUCAAACUCGGUCCAUUUAAUAAAUGGAUUUAAUAAGUUUGAAUUGGUGAUCCAUUUAAUUAAAAAUAUAUACUAUUUUCUAUAUUUU